AGUAAUGAAGUUCCAAAUAGUUCAUGGUGUGAGCAUGAAGGAUUAAAGAGAAGUGUAAGAUUUCUGAAGGAUGAGGGGUUGCAGUUAGACACCCUUAUAACAGACAGACACAUACAGAAUAACAAGUGGAUAAAAGAAAAUCUUGAUGGAACAAACCACUUCUAUGACAUCUGGCAUGUUGCCAAAGGCACAGGAAAGAAACUCGAUGCUUUAGCCAAGGUCAAGGAUUGUGAAAUUGUUGGUAAAUGGAAGCAGUCCAUCACCAAUCAUAUGUAUUGGUCUGCAGGUUCUACACCAGAUAACAACGGGGAUAUGAUUGUUGCCAAGUGGGAGUCGGUCAUACAGCAUUUGCAGAACAUCCACAACAACCACCCAAAUGCUCUUUUCCGAAGAUGUCUUCAUGAUCCCCUGGAAGAAGAUGACGAGCGGGAAAUAGAGUGGCUUAAUCCUACAAGCAAAGCCUUUGAGCAAUUGGAAAAGAUUCUUUUAAACAAGACCCUCCUAAAAGACAUAUCAAGACUUUCCAGUCAGGAGCAGACUUCUUCGUUGGAGGCAUUUCAUAGCUUGAUUCUCCAUUUUGCUCCCAAGAAUACAGCCUUUUCUUAUCUUGGAAUGUUAUGUCGACUCUACUUGGCUGGACUCCAUAAUAAUGAGAAUUCGGAACGUGACCAAAUGUUCACCAGACAAGGAGAACCAUGCUUCACGAUCAGGUACCCAAAAGGAAGGAAAGGACAAGCUGUUGUACGCCCUGACAAAACUAAGCCUACUUAUGAUUAUGCCAUGCACCUCCAACAAGAGUUGGUUGAUCGAUAUAUCCAAGGGCCAAGCCAACUACGAGAUUCCAUCGAUAAUCUACGUGCUAGGGUACCUAAUUUUCUAUCCGCAAAUGCAGAUCAACCGGACAAGGCAGAGGCUGUGGAGAUGUUCGUGUCCAGAUAUAACAGAUGAUGACACUUUAUACAUCUAUUUGUG